AUGAGCGGUCUCCGUUUCCUCGAUCUCAUUAAACCCUUCACGCCCCUCCUUCCGGAGGUGGCUGCACCUGAAUCAAAGAUCGCCUUCAAUCAGAAGUUGAUGUGGACAGGAUGCACACUCCUCAUCUUUUUGGUCAUGAGCCAAAUGCCUCUUUAUGGUAUUGUGUCCUCUGACACGUCCGAUCCAAUUUACUGGCUACGUAUGAUGUUGGCCAGUAACAGAGGAACGUUGAUGGAAUUGGGCACCACUCCCAUCAUUUCCUCUGGUAUGGUUUUCCAGCUUCUUGCUGGAACGCAUCUUAUCGAUGUCAACCUCGAUCUCAAGUCCGACCGCGAAUUGUACCAAACUGCGCAGAAGCUCUUCGCCAUUAUUCUGUCCUUCGGUCAAGCCUGCGUUUUCGUCCUCACCGGUCUUUAUGGUCAACCUAGCGAUCUCGGAGCUGGUAUCUGCCUCCUCUUGAUUGUCCAGCUCGUCCUUGCUGGUCUCGUCGUCAUUCUCCUUGAUGAACUGCUACAGAAGGGUUAUGGUCUCGGUUCCGGAAUCUCUCUGUUCAUCGCCACCAACAUUUGUGAAUCCAUUGUUUGGAAGGCAUUCUCCCCCACAACCAUUGAUACUGGUCGUGGAAAAGAGUUCGAGGGUGCUGUCAUUGCAUUGUUCCAUCUUCUCGUCACUUGGCCUGACAAGACUCGAGCUCUACGUGAGGCUUUCUACCGACAACAUCUUCCCAAUGUCAUGAACUUGUUGGCUACCUUGGUCGUUUUCGCCGCCGUCAUCUAUCUUCAGGGUUUCCGUGUCGAGAUUCCGGUCAAGUCAUCGCGUCAACGUGGCAUGCGAGGAUCAUAUCCCAUCCGUCUCUUCUACACCUCCAACAUGCCUAUUAUGCUGCAGUCCGCUUUGGCCUCCAACAUCUUCAUGAUCAGUCAAAUGCUCUAUACUCGCUUCUCUGACAACCUCUUGGUCAAGCUCGUCGGAACUUGGGAGCCCAAGGAAGGUUCGUCUCAGCUUUACGCUUCCGGUGGUAUCGCCUACUACAUGUCUCCACCUCACAGCUUCGCCGAGGCUCUUCUUGACCCCAUCCAUACGGCCAUCUAUAUCGGAUUCAUCAUCAUUACCUGCGCCGUGUUCUCGAAGACCUGGAUUGAGGUCUCCGGCUCCGCCCCUCGCGAUGUUGCCAAGACUCUCAAGGAGCAAGGUUUGGUCAUGGCUGGUCAUCGUGAACAGAGCAUGUACAAGGAAUUGAAGCGUGUCAUCCCAACAGCUGCUGCUUUUGGUGGAGCAUGCAUUGGCGCCCUGUCCGUUGCAAGCGAUAUGUUGGGUGCAUUCGGAAGUGGUACCGGUAUUUUGUUAGCCGUGACCAUCAUCUACGGGUAUUUCGAGAUUGCCGCCAAAGAAGGCGACUUUGGUGCCAACCUCAAGGGUCUGAUCGCUUAG